UAGGGGAUAAUGAUUCGCCUUAUUCCGCUCAUGUAAGCGCUAUUGUUCCUGUACGGACGGACAGCAAGAUGUGGUAGAGUGGGUGGUGACUGACCGUCGCUUAGAACACUGUCAAAAUCGGUGUUGUGAAUCGUAAGAAGUAUACCUAAAUGUUUUUCUAAAUUUACACCGCGUACGUUCACCUACUAAUGUGUAACACUUUUAGUUGGUAUUUUGAGUGUGCUGAAUACGAAUUUAGUGUAAUUUCGAAUAGGCGCGUUUUCGUAAAGUUGUGUAUAUCAAAAGUGUUUGUCUUGUCCUGACUGAGAAACUUGUACGUUAGCGUUUGCUGUCUAUAAGCGGCUGAAGAUGAACCGGGCCGUGCGCGCGGAGCCGACGCCGCCGGAGUGCGCGCUGGCGGCGGAGAUGUUCGACCACUUCUGUUCAGCCGGCACCAUGAAGCAGAUCCUGGCGCUGCACCGGGAGAUCUGCAACACUCUCACCCUCAAGCCCAACCGCCUGCCCGACUUCUACCCCAAGCUUAAGGCAAAGCUGGUGAGCUCGUGGAAGGCGCAGGCGCUGUUCAAGAAGUUCGACGCGCGCGCAAAUCACAAAGUGUACGGCAAGGGCCGCGCAUGCGCCGCGGGGAAGGUGCUCCUGAUCGGCGCGGGGCCUUGCGGCCUACGCGCCGCCAUCGAGUGCCAGCUGCUCGGCGCUAAAGUGGUUGUGAUCGAGAAACGCGACCGCAUGUCUCGAAACAACGUGCUGCACUUGUGGCCGUUCGUGAUCCAGGACCUGAGGGCUCUCGGCGCCAAGAAGUUCUUCGGCAAGUUCUGCGCCGGUUCCAUCGACCACAUCAGCAUCAGACAACUGCAGUGCAUACUCUUGAAGGUGGCUCUGUUGCUUGGGGUGGAGUUCCACGAAGGAGUCAGCUUUGAAGAACUACUCGAGCCAACGGUCACAGAAAACGGUGAAACUCUAGGGUGGCGCGCGCGCGUGAUGCCCGCAGAGCACCCGGUGGCACAGUACGAGUUCGACGCGCUGAUCGGCGCCGACGGUAAGCGGAACACACUGCACGGCUUCAAGCGCAAGGAGUUCCGCGGGAAGCUCGCCAUGGCCAUCACCGCCAACUUCAUCAACAGGCACUCGGAGCAGGAGGCUUCGGUGCCGGAGAUCAGCGGCGUGGCGUUCAUAUUCAACCAGAAGUUCUUCAAGGAGCUGUACGAGGUGACGGGCAUCGACCUCGAGAACAUCGUCUACUACAAGGACGACACACACUACUUCGUCAUGACCGCCAAGAAGCACAGCCUGCUCGACAAGGGCGUGCUGUUGAAUGACUACGCGGAAGUGUCUCGGCUGCUGAGUGUGGAGAAUGUGGACCGCGCGGCGCUGAUGCGGUACGCGCAGGAGGCGGCGCGCUUCUCCACCGACGGGCGGCUGCCGCUGCGCGACUUCGCCCUCAACCACUACGGGGAGCCCGACGUCGCGCUCUUCGACUUCACAUCCAUGUACGCCGCCGAGAACGCUAGCAUGGUAUAUGAGCGCCACGGGCGGCGGCUGCUGUGCCAGCUGGUGGGCGACAGCCUCCUGGAGCCGUUCUGGCCGACGGGCUCAGGCUGCGCGCGCGGCUUCCUGUCCGCACUCGACGCCGCGUGGGCCGUGCGUGGGUGGGGGCAGGCGCCGGCGCCGCACCCUCUCACCGUCAUUGCCGAGCGCGAGUCCAUAUAUCGCCUGCUGGCUCAAACGACGCCGGAGAACCUGCACCGCGACUUCGGCGGUUACACUCUCGACCCGGGUACGCGGUACCCCAACCUGAACCGCGGCAAGGUGACGCCGCUGCAGGUGACUUCGUUCUACGACUCGGACGAGCCGCUGCCGCUCGACGCCGCGCCCGCCGCCAGGAAGCGCCGCCGCGAGACUGAGAUAACGGAGGAAGCGCUGGUGCGGUGGGUGGGGUGGGGCGAGGCAGGGCUGCGCGCGGCAUGCGGCGCGGCGGCCCUGGCGGCAGUGGUGCGCCGCUACCGGCCCGACCUGCUGCCGUCGGCCGCCGCCCCGCGCUCCGUCUACCACGUGCUGCACCACGAGUUCGGUAUAGCGCCGCUGACGUCAUCAGGAACGUUGCGGGAGACGCCGGACGCCAAGCUGCGUGCGUACCUGGCGCGCGUGCACAGCGCCUUCAAGGGCGAGGUGCCGCACGUGCACCACGAGACUGACGUGUUCGACCAGAUCAAACAAAGUCAACAAAAAGAGAAACAUUCACGAAACACGACGGACCACUCGGUGUCCAUGUAUUCAAAUGCGGCCGAUACAGACAAGUCUCACUCGAGCUAUCGCAAGAAACGGCGCUCGGUACGACCACAAGUAAGUAACGAUCCAGCAGAAUAUAUUCGUAAAAAGAUCGGCAAACUCGACCUUAACGAUAUCACGCAGCUCGCGCGACUAAUCGACGGACAUGACGCCAUUCCUCUCGACGAGAAACACACAGACAAACAGAAAGAACUCCAGGAACAAAUACUAGCCUUGCUAGAUCCCGAGGAAUCCCCAGACCCUAAAGUCCUAAGAGACUCCAUUAAGCACCUUCUACAAGGCUCCAGCAGGACGAGAGUCAAACCGAAAGAAGUUGAAGAGCAAGUAAAGAUGGCGCAGUUUUUCACGUCUGAUGACAAGAAAGAAGAGAAGCCAAUCAAACCUCCUCGGAAGUUGAAGGGACUUGAUCUUAAUUCCUUGAAGGUACCAGAUUUUUCAGAUAUUUUCGAUGAUUCCGCUGACACUGACGCUACUGUUGUCAAAGUGGAAAAAUCAAAGAAGGACUUUCAUAAAGCCAAUUCUAAUGACAGUCUUAAAAAACAUUUCGUCAGGUCCAACUCUAUCGAAUCUCCCAAGAAAAAGGAGUUCGUACGAUCUGCGUCAACUGAUAGUCCAAAAACUAAUGAAUUUAUCCGCUCUUAUUCCGUCGAGAAGAAAUUUGAACGUUCUUCAUGUACUGACAUACCUAUUCUCAAAGGCAGAAGGUUAUCCGAAGUAAUGGACGGCCAAAGGAGGAGGCAUUCCCCAAGUCCUGACCUGUCUGUGCCUCACGGGAGAUCUAAUUCUAUAGGAACCACUGAGAUGGUUAAUACGAGGCGUAUAGCGCAAAUAUUUGAAGGCCACAAGCGAAGACAUACCCCUAGCCCGGAGUCACGCUCAGUAAGAUCUGGAUCUGCUACUACCGUAGAAAUGUCCAUGCGCAUGAAACGUAUGGCAGAGAUCAUCGAAGGCAAGCGUCGUCACACCCCCAGUCCGGAGCGGACUAAACGAUCUGAAUCCAUAGGCACCCCAGAGAUGGCGUUAAGGAGGCAGCGCGUUGCAGAUUUGAUACAAGGCAAUAAGCCGCGACAGAGCCCUGAGCCGCAAUACAAUCAGACUAGGAGGAAUUCCGGAGAAAUGGCGUUCCGUAUGCAGCGAGUGAACGACAUGAUGCAGAAGAAGUGUGCGGAAGCGAAGCGGCCGAAGAGCGGGGGGAGACGGAAGGCGGCGCGGGAGAUAAUGAAGCAGCGGUUCGAGAAGAGCCUGCAGAUGCUGGCGACGGAGCCGCGCCUGGAGACGGCGCCCUCCGCCGACCUAGAGCACGACUACGGCCUGCAGCAGUACCGCGCCUCCGCGCCGCACUUCGGCGAACGAGUCCGCAAACUCGAGCGGAAGUUACAGCACUACGAGGAGGGGCGUAUGGUGGGCGGGGGCGGUCGCACGGCGGGGGGCGGCGCGAGGGUAGCGCGGCUCGCUGCGGAGCUCGCCGGGGGCGCGACGGCCGCGGCCCCGCGCGCAACCAAGCCCAAGGACCUGAUGCGCUCCGUUGGCAAGAUCGAGCGCGACGACUGGAACGUCAAGGAGAUCGAGCGCAAGAUCAUGGAGAACCGCCUCGGCCGACCCGAGCCGAAGACGGCCGAGAAGGUGCCAAAGUGGGACCGAGAGCAAUUCCUGGGUCGUCAGCGUCGUCUCAAGGAAGGCGACGGCAGCGAAAAGUGGGGCGAGAUCGAUGACACGCUCAACAAGCUGGACCAGAAGCUGCGCGACUCCGGGCGACCCGACCACGGCACCAAGAAGGUUGCCAACUUAGCGACGAAAUUCGUCAAAAAAGAGGAGCCCGAACCAAAAGCACAACCAAAGGAAGAGUUGAAGAAGAGCUGGCGCGGGCCGUCGUCGACGGGGAUGCAGUGUGCGGCGUGCGGCACGCGCGUGUUCGCGGCCGAGGGCGUGACGGCAGACGGGCUGCACCUGCACCGCGCCUGCUUCCGCUGCGCCGUCUGCAAGUGUGUGCUGCGACCCGGCAACUACACUAUGGAGCGGUACGGCAGCCGGCUGGUGUGCCUGCGGCACAGCGGCGCGAGCGUGCCGGACGCGGUGGCGGCGGUGGCGUCACUCGGUGCGGUGACGUCACUCGGCCCCUCCCCCCGCGCGCUGCUGCCCCCGCCCACGCCCGAGCGCAUCAGCCUCGAGCUCUCCGACUCCGGCGCCCGCGAGAUCGAUGAAGACGAGUGGACUGACCGCAACUUCCUCGCUUCUGAAACCUCAGGAGCCGGCGGGCUCAGCGAGGAAGAGGAGUCGAGCUCGGAGGAGUACACGGACGCGGCGGACAGCGAGGGCGAGGCGCCGCGCUCGCCGCCGCCGGCGCCGCAGCCGCGCAUGCGCCACAGCGACCUCUACUUCUCCGACGACUCCUUCGGUUACGACGACUACUCCGACGAUGGCGCUGAGUCGUCGGGCAACGAGUCGUGCUCUCGCAUGCGGGCGGCGCGCGAGGCGCGGCGGCGCGAGGUGCCGGCGGACGCGCGCCCGCCCACGGACAGUAGCGAGGUGGAGUCAGAGGAGAGCGAGUCUUCGGACGAGGAGGUGUCGUCGGGCACGGAGGUGUCGACCGACAGCGAGUUCGCACGCGAGGAGGCGGCGCCGGCGCCCAGCCCACCCGCCAUCCUGGUGACGGAGGCGCCGCCGCCCGCGCCACCGCCGCCGCCGCCGCCCCGCGAGUACCCGCUUAGCCGCACGCGCUCCGCCGGCGGGCUCGCCACCAAAAGGGCCCUCGAGCUCAAGCGACGCUACCUCCUCGGCGAGCCCUCCCCGCCGGCCGUCAGGAAGUCAGACUCCACGUCCCAGCUAGACACCAAACUAGAAGCCUUCAGGUCCAACAUUACUGAGUUCCAAAAAAUGCUACAUCCCGCGCCCGCCGCUAACGUUCAGCCUAAACCAAUAGUCACCUUCCAAUUUUCCACCGAAGAAAAGAAAGCGCAACCCAUGCCAGACAUUAUAAAAAAUCUUUGUGGAGACGCUCCCGUAGAUUUGUUAACAAAAGUAGACUCACCGUUAUGUAAGAAAGACUGGUUAGAAAAUACGACAACCAAGGAACCAUUAAACGAGGAAAAGAAAGAUAUCGAAACUGAACCAGAACCAGGAGCAGAGCAUGAUCCCGACGCAGACUUAGAAUCGGACUCGCUGUCCGACGACGACUCGUCGCACACCGACACUGCGCCCAACCACGCCGUCCCUAGAGUGGAGGUUCACAAUGAAGGCGGCGAGCUCAUUCAACUGGACAGCCUCAUGUUUGUCAACAGCAGCACCGAAGACAACGACGAGAAGGCGUCGGGCACGGCGACGGGCACGACCGUGGUAGGCGCGGAGUCGUCGUCGUCGGAGUCGUGCCGCGACGCUACCACGCUCGCGCUCACCGAGACCGAGCUGUCGGACUGGGCCGCCGAGAGCGCCGUGCUCGACGACUGCCACAUGGACGACAACGACAGGAAGCGCGGCAUGAACCCGCGCACGCUCAGCGGGCCCAAGACCAUCCACGACGCCAAGAACAUCUCCGCGAUCAGCAGCCACGUGUGCGGCCGCUCCAGCCCGCCGCAGCCGCCGCCGCAGCUUGUGCUCUACUCCAACGCACUCGAGCAUUUCGAGUUCGUGGACGAGGGCGAGCAGGACCCCUCCAUCGAGACGCCGGCCACGCCGCGCAACGAGGGCUACAUGGAGCUAGUGGACGACGACGACUACGACCCCUACUCGCCCGGCAACGACCGCUCCAUCAAUUUCAUCGAGCGAAGCUUCUCCGAGACGGUGGCCGUCCCCUCCAGCCACACCAUGAGCACCCCCACCGUCACCUCCUCCACCACCGCCGACGACUUACAACCCGAGCGACGCGACGAUACCCCGUUACAAUCGAAACUAGACGAACAAUUGAAAACGCCGCAGUUAUUGAAGUCGAUAGAGAAGGAGACCAGUGAACAAUCGAGUAGUGAUAGUGCACAUAAAAGUGAACCUGUGAUAAAUGAUGACCAACAAACGAACAACAAAGUCGACGAUAUCGUCCGGAAGAGGCUGGAAAACUUCAGCCUGUCGGAUAUGUCCCCGCCUCUAGAGAAGGACGGUAUCGAAGGUAAAUCGACGACCGUAGAGCCCCCGAGCUCUAUUGAAAUUCAAGAGUUCAAGCCGCCAUUAAUAGAAGAAACUUCGCCCCCGCUGGCGCCGGAGACGCCAAAGUCGACGAGUUCUAUCGUACCGAUGCCUUUCUCGACGCCCUGUACGAUCAGAUUGUAUUCCCCGGCGAUCUGUCGGUCGGCGAGCGAGACAUUCAACCGGUCGACGUCUCGCAGCACGGACUCGGCGGGGCGCAGCGCGGAGCUGUCCAUGUCCAUCAACCUGAGCUCGGGGUCGGUGUCGCCAGUGUCGCCGCCGCCGCCGCUGCCGCGCGACACCACGCACAAGGUGCAGGAGAUCAAGCGCGAGCGGGAGGAGCAGACGGAGGUGGUGCGGAGGCUGGUGCUCGAGCGGCUCGGCAGCGGCCCGCGUGCGCCGCGCAAGUCUACGCGGCGCACGCGGGUGUCGCCGUCGUCGUCGGCGCCGCCGCCGGUGCCGCCGCCGCCCGUGCUCCCCACGCCCCCGCCGCCGCCGCCCCCGCCGCUGCUCCCGGCGCCCCCGCCGCGCCCGGCGCCGCCGCUCAUGCCGCUCCCGGUUACACCGUCUUUCUCAGACCCCGAACUGGCGAGAGAGAGAAGACGAAAGAGUAUUAUGAAAAGUAUAUCGAAUUACUUGAACAGGCGACUGGGACCGCGGCAUAAGUGGCACUCGGAACCGGAUCUGACGUCGCACGAGCCCGCGCAGCCGCGCAUGCCGCACGCGUCCCAAUGCGCGCACAAAUCUACGGGCGCCCUGCUGGAGGCGCCACCGGUGCCGCCGCCCCCCACUGGCUACUGCCCCCCCUCCGAACCACGGCCACAGCCCCUCAGGCAUCCAGUCCACACUAACACGAGCGGCGCGGCGAGCGGCGCGGCGGACGUGGAUGAGCGCGACGCCAUGCAGCUGUGGUUCGAGGCGCGGUGGGCGCGGCUCGUGGCCCAGCGGCGCGCCCGCGAGGACAGCGCGGAGCCCCACGCGCGCAGGGUCGCACGCCUCGAGAGGAGGCUCACCAGACCUCUCUCGGCUGAGCAGCAAGCGGCGACGGUUGCGGAGCUAGUGCAGGUGUCGGCGCAACGUGAGGCGCACCAGGCUCUCAUGGCCGCUGACAGAAGGCGUAGCGGCGGCGUCGGCGACUAGUCUCCUCUAGCCCACCGCCGAAUCAUAACCCCACUUCGCGCAGCGAUGUCGGCUAACUCCAUCUAAUAUGGUUCAAAAGACGUCGGGUGUGAUUCUAAACGUCAAAUAGGUCAGAGAUUUUGUUACUUAAUUCGCGCGACAAGGAUCUGAUCAAGGAACUAUCGCCGCGUCCGAUGAAAGAAUGUAUGGAGACGGUGCCCACCAGCGCCCCCCUGACAAUGUCAUCCAAGUGGCACAGGAUCCUUGUCGAACUAAACUAUCUGUUCGUUUUUCUAGUUACCUUCUAUCAGAAAUAAUAGAUUCUUACGGUCAAAAGUCACACGUAAAUAUAGAACAAGGGUACAGAAUGACAUCGUCAAUAAUUGAUAGCUUGGUGUUGUAUCAAUCUUAAGUACCCCUCACUGUAACUUAUAUCAUUCAUAAAUCUACACCCGGGGCUUCAUAUAGAAGCAGCUGUUAUUGGUAAUACUGUAUAGUUACAUCCAUACUAUACUUAACCGUUUCAUGGAUACUGAACGGCUUAGCAGGUGACGUCAUCCACACUUUAGCUUUAUUUGGAACAAAGUUGUGACUGGACGUAGAUUUUGUAUUAAAUACUUUAUUUUUUUGACAACUCUUAGAGUAUUCUCAAGUCAGCGAUCAUUACAAUUAGUUUAAAUCAGAAACCCUAGCUUUAUUAUUAUUUGUAAUUUAGUGAAAUCAUUUAAAUCACGGAAUAUAGUUAUGUUUAGUUAGAAUGAGAGUGGUAGUUGUAAUGACGGAAUCUUUGUAUGUGAAUCAUUUCAGAAACACCCAAGUGUUUAUUUAAAAUGUAUCCCUUGCGUGCGUUGAUAUUGAAGUAUUACUUAGAAGUGGUGCAACAGGUCGGCUUGCUCUUUGAGUAAAAUAAAGAUCUUAGUAUCAGAUCUGUGUACACAGUCACGGUAUACUCGACUACACACGUUCGACACUAAAAUACAAUCUCAAAUCAGACGUUUCGUUCAUCAUGUAUAAAGAUAGUGUACACAACCAUCGUUGAGAUACAGCUUUACAUUUAACCUUAGUUUAACUCAUAUAAUUCUAAGGUCUGGUACCUUGUAGGUAAGGGACGGCAACAAUGACUAGUAAUGUCACAAAACGCGAAACACGCCCCGUCGAGGGGCGGUAACGGUGUGCUAGAUAUGCCAAAUGAAAUUUGAUGAAAUAUUUAUAAUGUAUAGUUAUAUGUUUACCGCUGUAUAUUUGUAGUUAUAGUGAAUAAGAGAGUACGGACGUACCCAGCGCUCAGGUACUAUGAAGAGGACAUAUUUCUCUCAAAUAGACAAAUGUUUAGAUGUAAUUCUGAGCGUUAUGUUACUUUACUGACACACCAAUCAAACAGCACGCAGUUUUACUCCAUCAAUGAAAUAACACAAUAAAAUCUAGCAAUAAUGAUUGUACGUGUGUAGGUGAUGUGGUGGUACAAUGAAAUAUAUUGGCUGCUUGGAUCUUAGCUCUAGUUGACUAGAGGGCUUUUUAUAUUAUUCUAUCGUUUUAGUAUAGGAGUUAACAAAUUCAAAUAGCAUUGAUUUGUUUGUAUCGUGUUGUUGUGCGCUGGCAAGGUGAGAGAGAGGAAUGUGACGCGUUGAAAUGUGCUAAUUCUCUAGUAAAUAUACAAAAUAUGUGUGUACUAUUAAAAUACCCAAAAACCGAACUAAUAGUUACGUAGUACGGUUGUAGAGGGAAAUAAAGGAAAUGUAUUUCUUAGCAUGGAUUACAAUUUUGACGAUCCAACUAUUCUCUAUCAUCUUGCCAACCAACAAAGUUCAAAAUGCUUCGUUUUCGAGCGCUGUAUUAUCUUAGAUGUGUAAGCAAAUGUGUAAAUUUUCAUAUAUUUUUUUAUAUUGUACGCGAAGGUGGUAUGGUAAUGUGAAUAUGAAUGCGGUACGGACUAGCAGGGCGGGCCGAAGGCUCAUUCUCUUCACCAACACAUCGUUUAGUCAAAGCACGUAGUUAUUUUAUAAUUUACUAAAGGACCUUAAACAGAUUAAUGAACGGCAGUCCGUGUGACUGUUAUUACAAGUAAACGUUGACUAAAGCUUCAGAAUAUAUCUAAGUGGAACUAAUCGUUUAAAGAGAUUAAUUGAAAAUUCAUUAGUAUGUCACUGCUGGGCCAUAAUAGUGUACUACCCGCGGUCCGAGCGACAAGAUAUUGAAGGAAUGGCUUCAGGUAUAUUUUGUAGUGAAUGUUGUCGGUCUACUAAAAUAUUAUGGAUUUGCCGACCGUUUGAGAACUACUACGACGUUAUAUUAUAUUUUUAAUUUUCCGGCCAAUUAUAACAACGCAAAAAUAAGCAAUCAUAAGUAAUCUUUCUAUUGAUAAGAAAAAAACAUUUUAUUUUAGUCUAUCUUGGGGACGCGAUCUCUAUAUAAGACUUGUUAUUAACUACUAUUUAAAAAAUCAUGUAUACAUAAAGGUCACAUAAUAAACAUUAUAUAGUAAUUAUUGCGUUUUUACAUACUUUUGAAUGGUGAAUUUGACAUAAAAUCAUUAACGCUAUAAACACCUUAAAAAUUGUUAACAAUACACUUUUAUAUGCGUUUUUAGCUGAAUGUCGAUUGAAGCCUUAUUGAAAAUAUUGAAAUGUUACCUUAACAAGAAAAUGACCGUGACAGAAAUAUACUGUUAAGGGAGAGAGGUCGGUAAAGAAUUGAAUCGACAUACAGAUAUUGAAUUUAUUUUCUAGUCGGGCUUAUUUAAAUCAAUAAAAUUAUUAUAUACAUACAGUUAAAAUAAUUUCAAUAGGUGCCUUAUGCGUGGUCCUUCGUUGUGGAUCUGUUGGUCACGGGAGUGGGGUAUAGGUGUACAGGUCAUGAUUAAUUAUAUUAAUUUCAAAGCAGCAGCUCAACGCAAGAGCUUGUUACGGUACCCUAAGCGCUUCCGCUUGGAUUUAAAAGAUUGCACGUUUAGAAAUUGACUAUAAAAAUAUUAUUAAUUGUGUUCUAUGCGCGCGGACACAAAAUUAGGCUAAUUUUAGUUUGACAAGUCUUAAGUUAGUGUCGUCCUUCGCUUCCUAUAGGUACAUGAAAGAGAUAGAGGUGGUUUUAUUAAGUUGGUGAUUGCCCGAAUCGGCACUAUAAUAUUAUUUUACUUAAGUCUGACAUACUUAUCAUCAUUUCAACACUAUAAAUCGACUGUAAAACAAAUACCCCUUUCUGUAGCCAACAGAUUUUUUACUAAAUAAAGCAAUAAAAUAUAUGUAACUAUCCGGAUAAACUGUAUCGGAUGUAAGGAUGUUAGAUCAAAAUAUUAUAUUACAGUAAAUAAACCAGUGCGCACAUCUCUGCUAUAUAGUUUUUUGAAGGACAAAAUAUUAGUACCAAGGUACUAAUAGGUACCAAGUUUUUUCUUCACUUCCAAUGCAACAGAGAGGUAUACAAUUAUAUCUAUUAGAGCUCUUCACACUAUAUAAUUUAUUGUGAAUACAUGCUGAUAUCGCCCGCCGUACGAUCUAAAUAUUCUUACUCCGAUACACUUUACCGACAUUAUACAAUAGCCUUUAUAAAAUAAUAAUAGUGUUUUAAAGUGAUAUAUUUUUUUACCUGUUACACAUAGAAAAGUAAAUCAAAUACACCAAUCCAUUGCCUCACUAAGUAACAAUAGUACAUACUACAGCAAUAAUAGCUUCUGGUAAGUUAGUUGUGAUUUGUCAAAUUAAUGCACCGAUGUUUAUGGAAUUGUGUUGUUGGAACAAUGGUUGUUGCCAUGGGUACAGUCGCCUCUAGUGGAGAUGUAUGUUAUCUGUGUAAACAAUGUAAGCAAAGGCGAUAAAUCUCUGUGAUAUUAACAACUGCCUCGUCCUCAUUGUGUGCAUAAAGAAUUCUCACACAUUUGUAUACACAAUAGGGCACAUGACAAAUAUAGAAAUAUGCAUACUUCAAAAUGAACAUAAACUGAUAGCCGAAUGUGAAACAGAAUCGAAAUUUGUUGAAAAAUGCAAUAGUUACAGCUAUUUGGAAUCUGGGAGCUAGAAAGAAAUGGCGGUAACGACGCGUGACGUCAUGUUGUUAUUGUCAUACAACCUACAAAUGCCGUUGACGCACCCCCCCCCCCCCCCCAGUAAUGGGGAGAUACGCUCGAGACAAUAGUUAAAGUACUGACUGUAGCUAUUCACAUCUCCGGCGUUAGAUGAUAAUAUUAUGGAGAAACGGAUUGCAGAUAUGUAUCUGAAAAAAUAACAGUCAAGUGCCCUAUGCAGCACAUCUGUACCCUAUAUUACUAUACUUUUUAACCACGCUUGACAAAGUCAAACUGCUUUACAAAUACUUAAACUUAUUAAAAUGUUACACUGUGUGAAAAAGGUUGUAACAAUUAUUCAUAUCCGUUCAUAUAUUGAUGACAUCAGGAUUACGUAUGUUUGAAACAGCUGACUUUGAAAAGCGUAAUGAAAGAAUAGUACAGCAACAUUGUGACGUCAGCUAACAAAGUUUGUAAUGGCCUAGUAGUGUUAUAGGCCUGAAAAAAACAUAUUUUUGUCAAGAAAUAGAUUAAGCGUAUGGAACAUAAAUUAUUUUGAUAUUUGCAUAGACCUCGUAUAACAAAUAGACAACCAAUCGCUGUAAAAAAAGUGUCCGCGAGGAUCUUGUCACAAGGGACGGCGUGUAACGACACUGUAUAAGUGAUAUUGUACUUUAUUUGAACAGCCAUAACAUCUUAAUUUGAGGGAAAGAACUUAUACUAUCUACAUAACUUAAUGUAUACGUAUUACAACACGGUUUAUGGAAAAAACUCCUUAGCGAAUGUGAGUCUAUUUGUUUAUAAGAUGUCAAUGGUUAUUUGUAAAGAAAUCGUUUUUAGCUCCCCCAGUUUUGACGGCUUAUAAAUGUAAAUACGGGCAGUGGUGUCCCAUGUCCCGUAGUAGUCCCGCAUUUCUUAUUACAUGUUUGCUGUUGUGUUGUUGAUCGAAUUGGAGCUCUGUGCCACAUAUGGUCAAUACACACUGUGUUAUGAUUAUGAUAUGAUGAAUUCAAGAACCAAGUUUUACCCUUGAAGACUUAAAUCGUUAUUGGUACAUGCACAUGUCCAUGCAAAAAUCGUCCCCGCGUCAAUUCUUAUGUAUAUCACCUCAAGUGUCGUACUGUUUAAUUUAAUUUAAACCUGAUAACUAUGGAAACGCGUCGCGAAUUAUACCAAAAUGACUGUGCUAUUUUUUAGGCGGCAACGUAUCUACCAAUAUUACUCGAUCGAAGCUUGGAGAGAGAACCCUUCCAGAAUAUAAACUUGAUGACAUAGUUAUAUGACAGCACAGAGUUCUCAUAUCGACAAUAAGGUUAAGUUUCUGAGAGUUAUGUUUAAGGUGUAAAGUUGAGAUUAAACCCAAUGCAAGGUUCUACACAAAGCAAUGUACCUCCUUUUGUACGCGUAGUUAAAAUUGAAAAACUAAUACAAAAAGUAAUAUAUUA